CGAGCUGUUGUCGCAACGUUUGCUUCGAGGCCAUCGCCCCUUCACGGUGUUCGUUGUGGAAUCUCUGUUGACUAGCCAGCUUCUUUUGUUCCCAUUGGGUCAUUUUCGGUAGCUUUAUCUGCUGUCAAGAUGUCGGACUACGGUGACCACGACAAUGACGAGUAUGACUAUGAGAACCCGGCGGAGUUUGACGAGAACGAGCCCGAAGACUUCCUCAACCCGGAAGACCUCGAGAAUAAUGAGGGAGGAGCCGGUGACUUUGGCGAGGACUCGUACCAUCCUCAGGUGAACGGCGAACGGGUGGUUGUCUCUGGCGAUCCCAAUGCAGGGUACCAGGGCGGAAAGGCCAUGGAGCUGUCGCGGGAGAAGAAGGUGCCGAACGACCAACGGACGACGACUCCCUACAUGACCAAGUACGAGAGAGCGCGCGUUCUCGGCACCCGCGCCUUGCAGAUCAGCAUGAACGCGCCAGUGCUGGUGGAUCUGGAGGGUGAGACCGACCCGUUGCAGAUCGCGAUGAAGGAGUUGAACCAGAAGAAGAUCCCGCUCAUUGUGAGACGUUAUCUGCCCGAUGGAUGGUAUGAAGACUGGACCUGCGAAGAACUGCUGUAGAAUACCUCUUCCUAGCUGGCCUGUCCUUUUUUGUUUUUCACUUCUCCCUUCGAUGUACUUGGUCUCUUAUUAUUUACUUUUGUCUUUCAUGCAUAGCGUUUGGUGUUGGGAGUAUGACAAUAACAGCAAAAUACCAAGACAAAAAGAAAUCAAUUAGAUACAGUUCAAUACAGA